CUAUGUUUUUGGUAUGAUGCUCGGAUAGACCAAGAAAAAAAAAAGAGAUAAGACAUGGAUACACAAAGGUUACCAAAGAAAGAAGAGCAAGAAGAAGAAGUGGCUGAUCAUCAACCUUUUUCAAUCUUCGAGUCCAUUAACGCUUUCUCUCAAGACCAACACUAUCAUUCUGUCGAUGGCUUCGACCGCAUUUUCGACAUGAACAUUGACAGCUUAAGCUGCUCUCAUGAGCUCAACUGGGAUUUCUGGAAAGAAGAAGACGACGAAGAAGAUGUGAAGGAAGAAGAGAAGAGUUUGAGUACUGAUCACGAAGGUUCAAGUUCUGGGUUUUGGGAUAAUACGUCGACGGAUUAUGAAGAGUACAGAGAGUUGGGUCUGAAGCUGAAUCUGAACCAUCAAGAAGUUAUUGAUGCUUGGUCUGAUCGUCGCCAGCAACCUCUGUGGACAGAUACCUCAAUGCUAAUGGCUCCGGCCAGUGCCCUUUAUAGGGGUGAAGUGCCGGUGAUGGAUGAAGAGAGAAACACGAGAAGAGAAGCGAGUGUGUUAAGGUACAAAGAGAAGAGACAGAGUAGGCUCUUCUCUAAGAAGAUAAGGUAUCAAGUCCGAAAACUCAACGCUGAUAAACGACCUCGUUUCAAGGGUCGGUUCGUGAGAAGGGAGACUUAAAAGGGGAAAUAAAUAUCUGGAAGAAAAAUAUCUCCAAUCUUCGAUGCGUCUAUUUUCUUAGUAUUAUUAUUAUGACGAUUAUUAUUUCACAUUUUAUUUGUGCUUUUGUGAGAGAUAUCAUUAUCAACUUUUAUAACUUUGUCAAAUUUGAAACGAAAAAUAUCUCCUUCGCGAAUAAAAGAGAUGCAAAAAUAUCUUUUAAGUAAAGGAGUGGAAGAUUACAUGAAGAGGACGUUUAUGGCAAGUCUUUAUCGAGAUUGGUGGGGUCUAAGUCUAGAAAAGGAUUCACCACAUGUUUGAGUCGAAAACUAACCAAUCCUUUGUCGGGGCCAAGUGCCAACUUUGUUUCAACGUAUGUAAACUUCAUGUCACGGUCAGUGAACGGCAUCUGAAAUGUCAGAUGAAAAUGUUACGACAA